CCUAGCGGGGGAUCAAACACAAAUCGAAUAAAUCUCUCGCCUUUUACUAGAGAUAUCCGUGUAUUUGGUCCGCAAACCCGCGUUCGAAUUUCUUUCCUCCCACCUUCAUGGGCAAUUUAAAUCAUCUUUUUGUCUUUUUGCCAUCUGCUUCCGUUUGUUUGGUUUCCAGUCGUGCUUGCAGCUUGACUGCUUGUUGAAUCACUUCAUUUCCUCAAUCUCAAACCAUGACCACAAGCAUAACAGACGCCCGCUUCACUGUCCUCCACCGCUCCCUCACCGACACACUAUCCCUCUCCUUCGAUGAUCCCCCCGAGACAGGAUGGUCCGUCAUGCCAGGCUACGACGAAUCUAUCCCCAUCCCUUUCCACCUCGAACCCCCUCGUCUAGAUGCAGACGAGACGCUGCCGUCUCAGAUGCACCCUUCCUAUCCCUUCGGUCGCCCCGUGUCUUCAGGUAAGGGCCGAGGAGGGGCAGGGAACGGGAAGCGGAGAAGAGGUAGAAGAGUUGGCGAUUUACUGGGGACUGUUGGGGGGCGGGAAGAAGGAGGCAGUAGCGGACUGAGGGUGGAAGGGUUUGGUGCGAGAGGAGGCCUUGGUGGAGGGCCCGGAGGGUGGGGAGGUGGUGGAGACGGGGACGGAUGGGAGGAGAGCGGAUUGAGGGAGAUUGUGGAGAAGGAGAAGAAGAAGGAAGUACCUCCUGGCAUGGCUGGCGCUAAACGCCCACCGACUCCGCCAUCGCCAUCCCUCCACCCCAAUCAACUGCCUCUUCCUCGAUCAGGACAUCUGCGAAGACAGCUGGAACGACAGCAGUUAAGAGAAGCGAUACAAGCAGAAUUGCAAUUCGACGGUCCAGUGCCGAAUGAAGUACCAGCAGGGCAGAGAGGAGACGAAACUGAGGGUGAACAAGGAGGUGGAGAUGGUGGUCAGCAGGAGUAG